CCGGGCGGUAAUUUUAUCAGCAUCGGUGUCCGAACCGUGGAACCGAGGAACAAUUACUGUGGGCUCCGCACCUCGGGACAGUUCCUGGUCCUUUCCCUCUCAGCUGAUGAGCGAAGGUGCAGGCGGCAUUUCUGUGGCGCAUGCGCAUCGCAGAGACUGUGACGGACUGACGGACGGACGUGUUUCUGUCGGCGAGAAGAGGCAAGCCUUUUCCUUUUUCGAUACAGAGUAGUGAGAAUGGAAUGCUCCUCCUGGCAGAUGUGGGAAUUCGCGAUACCUGAUGGUUUCCCUGAUGACGAUAUCUGCAGGAAGUGCACCCAACUGACUGACCGGGUCGAGGAGUUGGAUGUACUAAGGAUCGUUUGGAGGCUGAAGAUAUUAUAGAUGCUGCCUGAGCUGCUGAGUUCCUCCAGCGUUUUGUGUGUGUUGUUUUGGAUUUCCAGCAUCUUCAGUCCUACUCGUGUUUGUUCAAGUAUUGGCCGUCAGUGACCAGGCGAUCAAAUGCGCAUGCAUAUGGGUCGCACGCAGUCAGUUCUAGAAACUGCACUUGCGCUCAGUGGACAGAAGGCUCUUGGAAGAUCAACAGUAGGUUAGGAACGGCAAAAAAAAGUGUACAGGAAUCUCAAACGCAACGACACCUCAGUUUUGCUGUCUCUGUCCAGGCAUUUAAGGAGAGACCAGGUAUUUCCUUUGUGACACCAAUAAAUCAGCUGUGAUCCUUGAAGAUGAAGAAGUAUCUCAUCCCAGCUGAAAAUGUGCUUUGUCUCCCAGUUGAGGUUUUCUGUUGUAAUUCAGUGAAAUCCAGUGAAAUUGGGGCUGCUGAGAGCACACCAGCAUUUGUUCAUUGGGGAUCAGUUCUUUGACUGUAUUAAUUAUACAAGGGAUUCACCACGUCUGAUAAUCUGACUUGAUGAAUUGAUAGAGAACUGUGGGAAGGAAUUCACUCACUCAUCCAGCCUACAGAUGCAUCAGCGAAUUCACACUGAGGAGUGGCCAUUCACCUGCUUUGACUGUGGGAAGGGAUUCACUUGGUGAUUGAGUUACUAGCAUACCAUUUGGUUCACACGAAGAGAUGCCAUUCACCUGCUCAGACUGUGGGAAGAAGUUUACCCGGUCAUCUUACCUGAAGAUACAUCAGCGAAUUCACACUGGCGAGAGGCCAUUCACCUGCUCAGUAUGUGGAAAGGGAUUCAGUCAGUCAUCCAACCUCCAGACACACCAGCGCAUUCACACGGGAGAGAGGCCAUUCACCUGCUUAGACUGUGGGAAGGGGUUUACUCAGUCAAUUGAACUGAAAGUACAUCAGAGAAGUCACACUGGGGAGAGGCCAUUCACCUGCUCAAACUGUGGGAAAGGAUUCACUCACUCAUCACACCUGCUGACACACCAGCUAGUUCACACUGGGGAGAGACCGUUCACCUGCUCAGACUGCGGGAAGGGAUUCACUCGGUCAUUUGACCUACUGGCACACCAGGCAGUUCACACUGGGGAGUGGUCGUUUACCUGCUCAGACUGUGGGAAGGGAUUCACUCGGUCAUCUGAACUGAAGGUACAUCAGCGAAUUCACACUGGGGAGAGGCUGUUCACCUGCUCAACCUGUGGGAAGGGAUUCACUCACCCAUCACACCUCCUGAGACACCAGCGAAUACACACUGGGGAGAGACCAUUCACCUGCUCAGACUGCGGGAAGGGAUUCAUUCAGUCAUCCCACCUGCAAAUGCACCAGCGAGUUCACACUGGAGAGAUGCCAUACACCUGCUCAGACUGUGGGAAGGGGUUUAAUCGGUCAUCUUACCUGAAAGUACAUCAGCGAAUUCACACUGGGGAGAAGCCGUUCACCUGCUCAGAAUGUGGGAAGGGAUUCAAUCAGUCAUCCAACCUACAGACGCACCAGCGAGUUCACACUGGGGGGAAGCUAUUCACCUGCCCAGAAUGUGGGAAGGGGUUUACUCAGUGUUCUGAACUGAAGGCACACCAGCGAACUCACAAUGGGGAGAGGCCAUUCACCUGUUCAGUAUGUGGGAAGGGAUUCACCUACUCAUCACUCCUACAGACGCACCAGCGAAUUCACACUGGAGAGAGGCCGUUCUCCUGCCCAGACUGUGGGAAGGGAUUCACUCAGUCAUCUGAACUGAAGAUACAUCAGCGAAUUCACACUGGGGAGAGACCAUUCACAUGCUCAGACUGUGGGAAGGGAUUCACUCGAUCAUCUGAACUAUUGGCACACCAGUCAGUUCACACUGGGGAGUGGCCAUUCACCUGCUCAGACUGUGGGAAGGGAUUCUCUUGGUCAUCUGAACUGAAGGUACAUCAGCGAGUUCACACUGGGGAGAGACCGUUCACCUGUUCAGAGUGUGGGAAGGGAUUUAGUCAGUCAUCCCACUUACAGGUGCACCGGCGAGUUCACACUGGGGAGAUGAGGUUCACCUGCUCAGAAUGUGGGAAGGGAUUUACUCGGUCAUCUUACCUGAAGGUACAUCAGCGAAUUCACACUGGGGAGAGGCCAUUCACCUGCUUAGUAUGUGGGAAGGGAUUCAGUCAGUCAUCCAACCUACAGACGCACCAGCGAGUUCAUACUGGAGAGAGGCCAUUCAUUUGCUCAGACUGUGGGAAGAGAUUCAGUCAGGCAUCCGACCUUUUGGCACACUUCCAAUUUCACACUGGGGAGAAAAUUUAAAUAAGCUGCAUGCCAGAGAGUUAACCAUCACAUUUUCUGAAUCCAGAAGGGACUUGGAGUCGAACUUUGCAAUUAUUGCUGCUGUACAUCAAACCCAGUUCUACACCCUGGUCACUGAGUAGGAGAGGAGUUUCUUCUGAUUUUCACCUUUAUUGGGACUGGGGUUUAAUGUUCUGGAUCUGUGAUAAAUAUAUCAGUUCUAUUUUAAACUCUGCAAAGGGGUGAUAACUGUAGAGACUAACCAUUACAAAGAAGAACCACCAUGCCAGGGACUCGGAGAAGAAAGGAUCGAUCAUUUGGCCAACAGGCGAUCCCUUGUUUCAGUGUUAUAAAUUGGAGAAGAGGUCUGAGUGGGUAUUGAUAGAGGGAUCAGUAGAAUUCAGUUUUAAAUUGUUGGCCUGGAGUCAACAUAGUUACACUGUUGUUUGUGCAGCAACAAUAACAGGUAGCUUUGAUUAAUUCAGAGUUAUGUAGUGAGUUUCCUAAGCUUGUCCAGUUGAUGAAUAGUCAAGAUAUUUAGGCAUCCCAGCUGUGCUCGAAGAGAAAGAAUGGAAGUCUGGGACCCUAGUUUCACGUUGAACCAUCCAUUAUAUGAGGAUAUUGAAAUGGGGAAAGGAAAAGGACAAGAAGAAUCCAGGGUUGUCAGAGAAAUGGAGAGAUUACUUUCAUCAUCAUAUAUGGCCUGACUAUGAGAAGUGGAUAUGAAAGGUUGAGAGUGGUGGGGCAGGAUGCAUUGUGGAAAAUGCAAAAACAGAAACUGGUAGAGGAAUUGUGUAAAUGUAAGGAAGAGUUAAGAGAGAGAGGAAAGAAAAUGAAAUUCUGAGGGAGCAGGGUCAGGCGGUUUAGAAACAUAGAAAAUAGGUGCAGGAGUAGGCCAUUCGGCCCUUCGAGCCUGCACCGCCAUUUAUUAUGAUCAUGGCUGAUCAUCCAACUCAGAACCCAGCCUUCCCUCCAUACCCCCUGACCCCUGUAGCCACAAGGGCCAUAUCUAACUUCCUUUUAAACAUAGCUAAUGAACUGGCCUCAUCAGUUUGCUGUGGCAGAGAAUUCCACAGAUUCACCACUCUCUGUGUGAAGAAGUUUUUCCUAACCUCGGUCCUAAAAGGCUUCCCCUCUAUCCUCAAACUGUGACCCCUCGUUCUAGACCUCCCCAACAUCGGGAACAAUCUUCCCGCAUCUAGCCUGUCCAAUCCCUUUAGGAUCUUAUACGUUUCAAUCAGAUCCCCCCUCAAUCUUCUAAAUUCCAACGAGUACAAGCCCAGUUCAUCCAGUCUUUCUUCAUAUGAAAGACCUGCCAUCCCAGGAAUCAAUCUGGUGAACCUUCUUUGUACUCCCUCUAUAGCAAAGAUGUCUUUCCUCAGAUUAGGGGACCAAAACUGCACACAAUACUCCAAGUGUGGUCUCACCAAGGCCUUGUACAACUGCAGUAGUACCUCCCUGCUCCUGUACUCGAAUCCUCUCGCUAUAAAUGCCAGCAUACCGUUCGCCUUUUUCACCGCCUGCUGUACCUGCAUGCCCACUUUCAAUGACUGGUGUAUAAUGACACCCAGGUCUCGUUGCACCUCCCCUUUUCCUAAUCGGCCACCAUUCAGAUAAUAAUCUGUUUUCCUAUUUUUGCCACCAAAGUGGAUAACUUCACAUUUAUCCACAUUAAAUUGCAUCUGCCAUGAGUUUGCCCACUCACCCAACCUAUCCAAGUCACCCUGCAUCCUCUUAGCAUCCUCCUCACUGCUAACACUGCCACCCAGCUUUGGUUCCACCUGAGUCAGUUCAGGCUCAGUGUGAAUUGGUAACAAGAGAAAGGGAGAAAACUGCGGUGUAAACAGGCAAAUACAGAAUUAGAGAAAUGGAAAAGUCGGUGUCAGGAUUUACGGAGGGCUAUGAAUGUCCUGCAGAAACCGGCAGCUGAGAAGAAAGGCAGCGCCGAUCAUAUCAAGUGUUUAAAACAGAUUAAAAAGCUGCAAAGUCAACUCUCAGCUCAGAGCAGAGUGAUAUGUGCAUUUGGUGCGAGAACUGACGAUGAUGGUGAUGUAGAUUGAGGUGAUUUAGCAUUUGGGGCGACACACUAUAAUAGUGAGUAUGAUUGGGGAAAUGGACCUCCUCCCCGUGGACGGGGUUAAAUCUGCAACAUUCACUGCCCCAGUGGCGCCCAGUGGUAACAGAGAGAGUUCAGGAGACACCAGAGCCUGAGGGAUCAUUUGUGAUGUGGUAUUCUACCCUUUUGAUAUGGCCCAAUUCAGUGCUAUAGCUGCGAAUAUACUGUACUAUCCUCGGGAACUUUUCCAGCCCAUUCAGCAGCACAAGAUAAUUUACGUUUUAGAUGAAGCAGAAGAACGGAAGUUAACCCUUUAUGUGUCUAACUUCAGUGUUACACUCAGCCCUGCCAUUGGAACAAGGGCCAGGGGAUACUGGAUGAUUUACAGGAGGCUACACAAGAAGGUGCAGUGACUAAUCGACGUGACCCGGUGGAGUCUUUGCAUACGUGCAAGCAAGGGGUGGGUUGCAACCCUCUGUAUUUGUGAUGUGAUUGAGGCUAGUUAUCUCGAGUGUUUAUGGCCUUACUUUAUAUUUGGCAGAAUUUAACUCAGGGACAGAAUGGUAACUGGCUGAGGAACUUGAUACUGUAUCGCACAGUACCGAGGAGAGCAGAAGAGUGUGUGAAAUGUCUGAUCCUACAGAUCUGUGGAAAUAUUAUUUUUUGUAACAAUUUGAAGUGACAAAAUGUAGUUUUACAAAUUCCAGAGUGCUAAGAUAAUAAGCUGCAAUAUACACUGGUGCUAAAAAGUUUGUGAACCCUGUGGAAUAUUCUCUAUUUCUGCAUAAAUAUGAUCUAAAUGUGAUCAGAUCUUCACGCAAGUCCUAAAACUAGAUAAAUAGAACCCAGUUAGAUAAAUAACACAAUAAAAUAUUAUACUUUAUUUAUUGAGAAAAAUUAUACAAUAUUACAUGUAUUGUUGGAGAUAAUAUGUGAACCUCUGGGGUAAUGCCUUCUACUAAAGGUAUUUGGAGUCAGGUGUUCCGAUCAAUGAGACUGAGAUUUCAGGUGUGGGUUGUAGAGAUGCCCCGCCCUGUAAAAAAGACACAACGUCAGGUUACUGACAGAGCCUGCUCUUCUCGAGAAAGAUCUGUUUAUGUAUACCAUGCCUCGAUCAAAAUAACUUUCAGGGGACCAUAGAAGAAGAAUUGUAGAGAUGCAUGAAGCUGGAAAAGACUACAAAAGCAUUUCUAAAGGCUUAAGUGUUCAUCAGUCCACAGUAAGAGAAAUUGUCUGAAUUGUUUAUAGAUGGAGGAAAUUCAGUGUUGUUGCUACUCGCCCUAGGAGUGGGCAUCCAGCAAAGAUCACACCAAGAACACAACGUGCAAUGCUGAAGGAGGUGAAAAAGAACCCAAGGGUAACAGCAAAAGUCCUGCAGAAAUCUCUGAAACUUGCUAAAGUCUCUGUCCAUGUGUCCACUGUAAGAGAAACACUGAACUGAAGUGGUGUUCAUGAAAGGACACGGCAGAGGAAAUCACUGCUCUCCAUAAAAACAUUGCUGCAUGUCUCAAGUUUGCAAAAGGCCACCUGGAUGUUCUACAACGCUUCUGGGACAAUGUUCUGUGGACAGAUGAGACACAAGUUGAACUUUUUUAGCAGAAAUGCAUACCACUAUGCUUGGAGGAGAAGGGCACUGCAGACUGUGACGGGAUCCUGAAUUACCCCUAUGAACUGUGCUCGUUUGCCCCUAUUAACUGUGCUUUUGAAAAGAGAGAGUCAUUUAACAUCGAUAUCUUGUUUUGGAAGAGAGAGAGAGAGAGAUACGAAGACUAACUGUUGGACUGUCACCUUAAGGCACUGGAAGUAAGUUUUGGAUUUCUGCUGAGUUGGAGAGAGAAAUGGCUCUGAGCAGCUCGUAAGUUGCUAUGGUGACCGAAGGUGGUGUUAUUUGACGGACACUUGAUAUUAUGAUUUUUGGCAGCAUGUUGAUACUUCUGAAGGACAGUUCACCUGCUUGUGAUUUUCUUACACAGGCAGAGGAAGGAGGAAUUAUUUGAGUGACAGUUGAUGCUCAGCACGGGACGAUAAAAUGGGAGGUCAGAUGAUAGACCUCAGAUACAUGUUUUGGACACUGAAUGAGCAUUGUUGUGCCCAUAGAAAAAGUGGGUUUUGGAGGAUCAAUCAGUUGCUCUUGCAGUGGAAAGAGGAAAGGGGUUGACUGGUGGGGAAUUGUCCAUGUGUCCACCCUCGCCUGGGGGAUAGCUCCACCAGAGAAAACCGGUCUCCUUUGUUAAAGUCACAGUCAGUGACUUUUAAAGGAUUUCAAAGGACAACGAGGAGAUCGACGGCGUUAGCUCACCUGAAGACUCAAAUCUCUCCCUCUCUCUCUCUUUCCAUCACUACUCGACUCAAUACCACGAACUGAACUGAACUUUACUCAUAAUCGUAAGACUAUCUUUUUACCCCUAGACUUAAAGAAGCUUGGUUUUUCAGACAUAUAUUUCCACACUUAACUGAUAUACUUACUUAUAUAUAUAAAAUCAUUGCUAACCUGUUUGAUUUAUCUACAUUUAUAUUACUGUAUUGUGUAGUUACUAAUAAAUAUUAUUAGUUUAUAGCAAUAUUGGACUCCAAAGUGUUUUCCAUCUCUGCUGGUUCUUUAUACUCGUCACGGGGUACGUGACAAGACCAACACCAAAACCUCAUCCCAACUAUGAAGCAUGGUGGAAGGAGCACCAUGGCUUGGGUUAGCUUUGCUGCCUUAGGGCCUGGACAGUUUACAAUCGUUGAGAGAAUAAUGAAUUCAAAAUUGUAUCCAGACAUUUUACAGGAGAAUGGCAGGGUAGCGGUCUGUCACCCGAAGCUUAAUAGAAGUUGGAUGACGCAACAAGACAAUGAUCCGAAAGACAAGAGUAAAUCAACAACAGAAUGGUUUAAAAAGAAGAAAAUCCGUGUUUUGGAAUGGCCGGGUCAAAAUCCUGAUGAUAAUCCUAUAGAAAUAUUGUGGAAGAGUCUGAAUCAAGCAGUUCAUGCAAGAAGGUCCACAACAUCCCAGAGUUGAAGCAGUUUUGUAAGGAGGAAUGGCCUAAAGUUCCUCCAAGCCGAUGUGCAGGACUGAUCAACAGUCUGGUUGAAGUUAUUGCUGUACAAGGGAGCCACACCAGUUACUGAAAGCAAAGGUUCACUUUUUCCAACAAAUACAUGUAAUCAUUUUCCUCAAUAAAUAAAUGAAUAAGUAUAGCGUUUUGUGUUAUUUAUUUAGUUGACUGAACAUUGUGCAAAAAAAAAGUAGCAGAGACGAGUCAACCGCAGAUGACUGAAUAGUCAACUCGUCUCGUUCUUCCGUAUAAAAUGAAUGUUUUGUAAACGGUGUGUUGGAAGUUCUCUGCCUUUCCUGGUGGGAACGGAGGUAAACUUUCCCCUUGCAAGUAAUAAAGAAUAAAGGCAUUUGAUAAAGAUCCACUCAGUGUUGGUAUUGUGUUUUGUGAGACUUGGUGGAGAGAUACUUGACAGAUUUCAGAGGUUUCACCGAGAUUACUUGUCCCGAUGCAGUAGCGACGCUGGGAGCUCCCUAUGACUGACCU